CCGCAGCGAGGUGGCGGGCUGCGUGCGCAAACAGGGCUGCCGCCUCCUGGGCCCAGAGAACGGCAAGUGAGACGCUGGACCUGAGGGAGCAGCAAUGGCAGUGUUUCUGGAGGCCAAGAAUGCCCAUUCGGUCCUGAAGCGGUUCCCUCGCGCCAAUGAAUUCCUGGAGGAGCUGCGCCAGGGCACCAUCGAGCGCGAGUGCAUGGAGGAGGUCUGCAGCUACGAGGAAGUCAAGGAGGUGUUCGAGGACAAAGAGAAAACGAUGGAGUUCUGGAAGGGGUACCCGAAUGCAGUCUACUCAGUCCGCGACCCCGCGCAGAGUUCAGAUGCCAUGUACGUGGUGGUGCCCCUUCUAGGGGUGGCAUUGCUGAUUGUCAUUGCCUUGUUCAUCAUCUGGAGAUGCCAGCUGCAGAAAGCCACUCGUCAUCACCCCUCGUAUGCUCAGAACCGGUACCUAGCCAGUCGCGCCGGGCACAGCCUCCCCCGGGUCAUGGUGUACCGGGGCACUGUGCAUAGCCAGGGGGAGUCCUCUGGGCACCGUGAGACAGGGAGCACCCCGCAGGUGGUGCUAGGGCCCAGCCGAGGGGGCAGAACGAUGGUCCGUCUUGAGAGCACCCUCUACCUCCCUGAGCUCUCUCUCUCCAGGCUGUCCAGCGCCACUCCUCCCCCAUCCUAUGAGGAGGUGACUGCACCCCAGGAGAGCAGCAGUGAGGAGGCGAGUGUCUCUUAUAGUGACCCACCCCCAAAGUAUGAGGAGAUAGUGGCCACCAACCCUGGCUUGGACAAGUAAUAGGACUUCUGUCCUGUCCGGAUUGAAAGCCUCCUUCAGGGGUCUCCUAUUUUUUUUUUUUUUUUAACUUUUUGAAGACUGUGCCAACACAAAACAGCCUUAGCCUCCUGUUGCCAAAUAAUUUCCUAACCCUGGAUUUGUAGGAAGUCGGUUGUCAGAGACAGGUUGGGGGAGGGGUAGGGAACACGCAUGCGUCAAAGCCCCUGGGGAGAGCCAAAGGCUAGAGAGCCCAGCUCUUCCAGAAGCCCCCAUGCUCCCACCAUCCUGUCCUCCCUUCAGGAACUGGCUUCUCUUAUGCCAAAGGUAUUACCCCACUGAGCUGAUUGUGGCCAGAAUGUCUGUAGGCUCAGGCCCCAGGGCCACGAGGCUGGCAGGAGACCUGUCUCUGUCUGAAAGCCUAGGCCACAGAGAUGAGAGAGAGAAGCUAGCCCUUCAGCAACCCCUUUUCCUCAACUGCCCUGUGCUUUCUGUCCUUACUUACAUUUUGAGGACAGGGACAAAGACUGAACAAAAACAACAAAAAGAGUAAUAACAAAUAAAUAAAUGACCAACCCGAUAAAACAAAAUAAUACAACCUGGGCCAUUCAUAGGGGACUGAGGGAAAUCAGAUUUUGAUGCUCCCUUGCCCCAACAUCCAUCCCCACACUCCUGACCGGGCUAAUAGGAAUAUUUAGAGCAAGCGGGAAGGAAGACAGGAUAUGUAAAGGAUGAGGGACAAGGGCCUAGCUGCCAGACUGUGUGAGAGGCCUGUGUGAACUUGGCCAUCCCGGAGGCUAAUUCUGGUUCUAGUGUGCUUGGCCUUCUGAAGACCUUGCCUUUCCAGACAUGUGUACUGGCUGUGCUAAAACUGCUACCCGCUGGCCUGAGCCCAGUCAUCGCCCUGUGGCCAAGAGCUGAAGUUUUCUCCUACUGAGGCUGAUUGGCCAAUAGAAUGACUUAAACUCAUAAACUUGGCCUCGUCAGCACUGUGCUUUCUGGCUUUGAACUUUUAGGAUACUUCCCUUUUCAUGAGCAGGUACAUUGAGUUGAACUUGAACUUCAGAUGACUGAUUUCUCCUUAAUGAUGGUGGCCACCUGGAGAAAAGAUCCUAAAAUGUACCUUUUUAAAGAUUUCCUGGCAGGGGAGGUGGAGAAGCCUGUGACAUGGGGUCGAAGACCCAUUUAGGGUUUGCUGUGUUAUUGCCAGGUGCUGGUCCAUCUUUCUGUGGCCCAGGAGCUGUCCACCUCUGCAUUUCAGUGAGGCUUUGGACAGCAGUGGGGCAGAAGUGACCUGUCCUUUAACUGACCACGACCAUGUAAAAGACUCUCGACACCGCAUCCCCUCACCCCUACAUGUCCCUCCUCCCGGCCUCAGUGCCAAAUUACUUUUCCUCUGUGGUGCUUUUACAAAUGUAGCAAAUUUUUGUGGGGUCCAAAAGAGUGCACAGCCAGGGUCUAUCGGCAACCCACUGAGAAGACAAGCUUCUUUCUGUCUAAACAGCUCUCCAAGACAGGCAUCGGGCCUCAUUCUUGGACUGCAGCCCUGUCUCAAGGCCCCAUAUUGACUUCUGGAGGCCUCUCCCAUCCUGAGGACUUGCUUGGGACAUGUUUCAAGUUUAGCAAACUUGUGUUCUUAUCCCAACGAGGCCACCAGCUUUGACAACUUGACCUGGCAGUUGGGGCUUUCCAUCCUUCCCCCUACCUCCCAGGCCUGUGCAGUUCUUGAAGCACCAGGGAGCUAGUGCAGUUUGUCCUUAGGAAGAUUCUUCUAGAAAUGUGUAGCUUAUAGGAGACCGGUCUUAGUGGAGGCCCUCACGUGACUCUGAACUCGGGGAACCAGUCUCCUGUCAGUUGACACUUUCUGCCCCUCCUCGUUCCCCGAGGGCUCCCUGAUGCUAGAGGUGCUGCCCAGGUACGUUCCACUUUUCCUUCCUUCCCCUUUCUCUCUGGGCCUCUGACACGACACUCCUGCCCUUCCCCACAAAGUUAUUUUUGGCCUAGAAAGGCCUUGCUUUUUCCACGACAGAGGCUGCAGUCACUCCUGUUUGGCCAUGUCGGAGGACCUGGGGCAGCCGGAAGCUCUGGGGCCAGCCCUGCCCUCUCAGCAUUUCCUCAGGCAGGUGCCUGUGUGUGACCUGGGAGCGUGGGAGAAGAGAGCCAGGCAUGGGCCCUGGUGACCAGAGCCAAAGGGAGUAUGCCAAGGAAUGCCCGCUGCCUUUGGCAUCUGCUGAGCCCUUCCCUGCCAAGCUGGGUGGGGAUGGGAGGCGGUGGGAAGCAGGAGCCUGGCCUGGUGGAGGACAGCACAGGGUUCCGUCCUUCGGGCGCUGAGCAAGGGCCUGCAGGGAGAGCGCACAGGCAGCUCCUAGGAGCCUGUGUGCUGUUAAAUUGCUUUGCAGGAUUCUCCCAGGUGGGCUUGCCACUGUGGUCUCUGGGACGUUUUUGCAGUAUAUUGUUGAAACAAAGACUGUACAGUACACAACGGCCAUAACUGCUCGCGGUGCACAUUUGGUUUUUAUGAAUGCUCUGUAUAUAUCUUUUCAAACUCCGUCUUUGUAUGGUCGUUGGUUUGAUACAAUGCUAAAUCUGUAGUAGCCACUUUUUGUUGUUUUUGGACUUUGUGUGUGUGUGUGUGUGUACAUGUGCGUGCUUGCGUGCGUGCGUGCCUGUACACAUGUGCACGUUGCCUUUUCUCAUACGCUUAUCUGAAACCAUAGCCAGUAUGUGGCUAUAUUUGUACCAGGAGGAUUCUGGUCUGAAGGGAGGAAUGUCACCUCCUGGGGCUGGACAGCCUUUUCACAGGACCCUGAGGGAAGAAAGCUGAGAUUAACCGUCCAAGCCCCACGAAGUCACCGCCUUCUGCCCCAACUUCACAAAAAGUUUUGGGAGAAGACUAGGCAGCUCCACCCUGCGGGCCUCCGCUCUGUGGGACCCCCACUCACGCACCCUUUUGGCCUGGUGUCCCCCGCCUCUGCUCCUGUUCUGUGGGUAACAACAGCUGAAGGAGAUCUGAGCACUCCUGGGCCUUUUUACUUUACUUUUUAUUUUUUGGUGGAAUAAUGUGUGACUAUUGACUUUGGGAAUGGUGGGGCUAGUUAUUCAGAUAUUUUUCAUUAAGAAAAAAGAGAAAAGGCUUUAAAAAACUUUUUAUUAAGACUUUUAAAAACAAGAAUCGCAAACCUGUCCUUACAUGCCACUCCCCAUUGCCUGGGGUUUUCAAGACGAAAGCACAAGAGAAAGGGGGAGGCACGCAGGUGCCUCCUCUUCAGCUUGUGAAUCCCACUGCCAUUAGUGUGAAUUCCUUAGGGUGCUUAGGAAAACAGGAAUCUGCCCGGUGGGUUGGAUGUGGCCUUUCUGAUGGCCUGAAUGUGAGGAAUUUGGGACAGGAAAGUCUUUUUGUUAAGGAGUUGGAACCAGAUGGUUCCUCUCUGGCUGAGGAUUGAUCUUUUGACAACCAAACGGUAUCCCAUGAGAAGAAGGAAAAAACAACACUGCCUCUAGAUUGUUCUUUUGUCUGGGAUGGGGGAAGGGGGGGCGGGGCUCCUAUUCACCUACACUCUGUGCUUCUAGGAGUGUGCCUGUGUGGUAUGUCUUGCAUAUGCUCUCCUGUUCAAGGCCGAGAUGGAGAGCUGGGCAGCAAAGCUUUUCAGCUUAACAAGUAAUGAAGCUCCAUUUCAGGAUUGUGCCGAUUCAGAAACAAGCACAUCUUCGUCACUGAACUCUGCUCAUACUAAUCAGUAUAAUUAGCUAAUUUCGAAGUACUGUAAUCAGACUGCCUGCAACUACGGUAAAAGCCUAUUAAUUUGAAGCCCACUGAUUCAGAACUUAUAGAAAAUCACAACUUAAGAUAAUUCAUGGUAUCUGCCAUUCUUGCUCUGUAGAAAAAUUUGAAAUAGUCUUCGCUUUAGUCAGUUUUCAGAGUUCUAUGUGUAAGAGGGAUCUAGUUAAAAUGAGCACCUUUUUCAAAUAAAAGGCUCAUGAUAUCAGGGAUCCCUUCACCGUGCCUUCAGCUUCGGGGUUCAGCAAUUCUCAUGUGUAAGGCUCUUUCUGUGUAAGAUAGUUUCUUGGUCUCUCUCCAUUGUGAGAAGGGUGGGUGCUGCUGCUUGCCAUUCUCCUAGCCUGUAAUUUAAAGUAACGUAACUGUGCAUCUUGCUAAAUAUUCUGCAAGGCAGAUGUUUUGCUAUCACACUGGACACUCCCAUCAUUUGCCCCCAAAUAUUAAACGUAGGGAGCUUUUCCUUUCGCAGGCUGUGGGCAGUGAGUCUCUCUCCGGCAAGAAUUUCUCUGACAAGGAUAUCCAAAUAGCACACCCCCUCGGACUCAUUGCCUCAACAGUUGUUCCACUGUCCUAAGACAUCUGACCGUUGAACAGUGCCUGCCCUUCCCCCGCCCCCAGCCUGAGCAUUAACACAGAUAUUCAAGAUUGGAAAAAAUCCCACAGCUGCUUUUGCCUCCCAAUUUGUCCCCCCUUCCGGAUGCCACUUUCCCAGGCCUGAACACACCUGCUAUUUCACUCUGUGAUUGUGAAUUUGUGACAGCGGAAAUCCAGAUAUGUGCAACUGAGCUUAUAGACAUGAUUACUGUGAAAUGGAUUCAUUUUUGUACCACUUUAAACUGUGCUUGUAUCCAUGUAUUGACCCAUGUCAGCUGGAAAAUCUGUACAUUCAGUAGUAUGUCGGAAUUUCGCUGGAGCCUGGGAGCAACCAACAAACUUGCUUCUGAUUCUCUCUCUCUCUCUCUCUUUUUAUAAUUGUUGCGUUUAGGUGUUAAAUUUCGUCUCUUUCUGUACCAGAAGAUAAUUAAUAAUAAUAAAAAGCACAUGGCAUUCA